CUCUACUGAAGGUUAUCACUCCAACUUUCUAUCCCUAGAUGUCAGCAAACUACUAAGCCUGCUUUGUUCGGACGCCAACAGAGGACAGACUUCUGCUUGCCUUGAUUUUUCUCCUGUCUCUGUUAGUUCCUCCGUUGAACAUGUCGAACAUGAUCUCGUCCACCUUUGCCCCUACAUUGACUCGCAGAGACACUGGCAAAUCGAGCAUAGGCCACGAGACGACAGUUGGUUCUCUCCCUCCACCGCUAACUAGUGGAGGGGGGUCAUUCGGGCCACAGAGCGCUGCAGCAAUCUAUCAGCAUAUACAUGAUAUGGCUACGAAGCGAAUAUCAACUUUACAUUACUUGAGAAAGGCACACGAAGGCCGUAUUUACUGGUUCAAUACUGUACACUUUUCUCGGGCUGAUAUCGGUCGAAUUCCAUACUUCGAAGCCCGCAAGCUUUCUCGCCGUGCGAUAAACUACCUUCUCCUGGGCCUAUCACUCCCGCCAAUUCUAGACGUCAGCUCGACCCCUGUGGAAUAUCUGCGGGCACUCAAUGCACUGUUGAAUGAAUUCGAAGCAUUCCAGCAAGUGCACCCUCCUGAUGGAAGCUCCUCAUCAACACUUGCUAGAGCACGGAUACCACAGAUGUUAAAGAGAGCCGCGCAUGCGGGAACCAAGACUAGAAGAGCUAGUUCUGCAACUGAAAUUGGUCUACCCAUGCAGUCUAGCGACCCAUCUGAAUUAAAGGCCAUGACAGGCAACAUAACAUCGUCUGCUUCGGCAGCAGCCGCUGCCAUCUCUUUCCCCAACACUGAAGCGUCGGAGCUUCUCCCUGGCGAGGAAUAUUCCUACCUCCUAACGCCGUCUUUACCAUUUGAACCAGAUUAUUUUGAAACGUUUGUAACUUUGUGUGACGUGCUGAUAGACUGCUAUACUCGACUUAUAUCUUUGGUUCCGACCCCUUCCGUUUGUACUGUUGCACUGGGUGAAAUGUUCUCCAAGGCCGAUGCUAAGCUUCGAAAGAUCAUGGUAGCAGGGGUCGUGCGGGAAUUCGAGGAUGCGAGCCGGAUGAAUGCAAAGAAUGAAAUCUCGGGGGUAAGCCGCGUUGUCCUUGGGGGUCUUCUAGGCUAGCUACGGGCACGUCUCAAACGCUUAACCUAAGACGAUAUCAUCUA